AAAAGCCUUCUCUUAUAAUUUAGGCCCAUGGGUUAUCUAGUGGUAAAGAUCAGUCCAUGGGCUCCCACGCUUACCAGACCUAGCAGGCCCAACAAUCUGCCCCAGCGCAACGUGAACACAAUGGUCAGCGUCUGUGAAACGCCGGCCCGAAUGAGAAUGACCGACAGCCGAGUCGCCAACCCACGGCCGCCGCAGGCCGCACCACAGAAAACGCGAAAAGUCCACCUCACCCAAACGGUCCACCCGUGUCCGCGACAAAACCCACGGCCCGCCGCAGGCCGCGCCGGAGCAGGACCCACCAAACCCUACGUCGCCGCGGCGGUCGGCGCGGGGAGGGAUCUUGUAGGAGGAUGGUGGCGAUCUCGAUGUACCGCGGCAACCUCCACAUUGGCGGUACCGACAGCGGCGCCCCUGCCCCGCGCCGGUGGGAGGUGCCGCGGCCGGCACUGGACGCGAAGCGGUUCCGCCGCCUCCUGCGCAACCGCUCCCGCGCCGUCGCGCGCCUCGCCGGGACGCCGCCGCGGCAGGUGUCCCCGUCAUCCUCGGAUCUGAAUGGCGGUCGUGGCGCCGCGGAACCCGAGCGGGAGGCACCGGAUGAGGAGGAAGCGGACAACGGGGGAGAAGAGCAGCAGGGGCAGGUGCACCAGGACCAGGACCAGGACCAGGGACAUCAGCCACAUCAGGAGGAACAGGGGAAUGGGGAGGCGGAGCAACAGCAACAGGAGCAGCAGCAGCAGCAGGAGGAGGAAGAGGAGGAGCAGGAGGAGGGGGCGGUGGAGGACGCGGACAUGGAAGAUGCGGGGGAGGUAGUUGUUGAGGGGGAUGGUAAUGGCGAUGCUGAAGAAGGUCAGGGUGAAAGUGAAGGUGUUGACCCCAACCAGGAGGAGGUGAGUUAUCCUGAUGGAAUUGACGAGAAGAAGAGAAAGCUUAAUGAAAAGCUGGAUGUUCUAAAUAAAAAGAAGCAUGGCCUUGUGCAGAUGCUGAAGCAGGUCUUAAAUGCAGAAGAAGAAAUCCGAAGGCGUAGUUCAUUACGUGCUGCCAUGCCUCAGCCAUCAGAAAAUGCAACAGAUGGAAGUUCUGUUUCUAGGUUGGCCCCUAGAAUGACUGUUGAUGUCAAUUUUGGUGAUGUUGCUGGCGAUUCAGAUGCUGGUUCCAACCAGGGCACUCCUGGACGCCCCUUGCAUCACUUCCAUAGUCUCUCUCCUUCAACAGCCUCUUUUGCAAGGUCACCGUUUGGUUCUCUACAGGGCCACACUCCAAGGAGUCCGGCAACAUUCUCUACGGCAAGUCCAUCACGCUUCGCCACAAAUAUACACCAAGGACAACCUCCUGCCCUUUAUUCAGCACCCUUGCCAGGAAGUAACUAUGUAGCCUCAUCACCUUCCCCAGCCGCAUCUGGUGGUUCUUCCUCAGUGUUCAGGGACCCUCGCCCACCUAACUCUACAUAGAUUAUGCUUUGUUCGUAGUUCUACCACCGUAUGGGUGUUAUUUAUUGACAAUGUUGGUAAAAUCUCUUAGCUACCCUGGGAUUUAGGUAAUGUUGUGCUUUGGGCAACACUAGUGUAAAACCAAAACUCGUGUCUGUAUGUGUGGACUGUAAUUAACAUGUAACAUCACUGAAAUUAUGUAAAAAAUUGGAUAUUCAUUUUCCUUCUAGGUGCUAGGGCGCUAGAACUUCUGGACAAGUGCUGGGUAAAUGUAUUACUACUAGAUUCGAAGUGUCAAUUCACUGUGCAGUUUCCUCA